CCUAAAUUAAACUGGUUGGAAAACAACCACGCAUCUGAAGAAUUUACAACGUAGUGCUUUGUACCUUGAAACUACCCAUAGACUUUAGCACAAACACUUGACACAAAGGGAUUUCUCAGUUAGAGCAGGAACACCAUCCAGCAGGCUCUGCCCUCUGAACCAGCUGAAGACUUCACCCUUGAAAACACAAUUUCAAGAGACCAUGAUAACAGGAUCCCCAGAACAAUGCAAGAAGGAAUUUCUUUCAUUGGCUGAUCAAGAUGCUGUGGCCCUUACCAAAAUAGCAGAAUUUGUAGAACGCAAAUACAACUCGACAGUUCCCCUUGUGAAACCUAAGAAUUGUACUCUGAGAAUUUGUGGGCAACAUGGAACAGUCUACGCUGGGGAUGAAGAGCAGCUUGAAGCCUGGAAAGAUUAUUAUCUACCAGAAAGGAUGGAAAUGGAAGUGAUUGGUGCUAUUGAUAACUUCCCCUGUGAUGCAUUUGGCCUGCAGUUAGUGCUCUUGUUGUGUGAGGAUGGGAAGGUCUAUGCUUAUGAGGAUGAGGUUUUACACCUCGUAGCCAUGAGCUUGAAGGACCUGUUCCAGUGUGGAAUGGUUUUCCCUGGAAAAGAGACCUUCAAGCUUGGGGAAUGUUUUGAAGAGCCGACUGAAGAAGAAUACAAUGAAAUGGUGGAAUGUGAUGACAUAAAAGCUAUGAAAGAAUCACACCAGAAGUUCAGAGAAUCUAUGGAGAGUGAAUUGCUGAAAACCAUGAAUGACAUCAAACAGAACCGCAAUGUCAACCUUGAUGUGUAUCUUCAGACUUCAGUGGGUCUCACUACAAGCACAGACCAGAAAAUUCAAGACUUGAAUGAAUUUAGAUGCAAAUGCAAUGUGAACAAUGGAAAACAUGAUAGGUACAACUGCAAAGCAAAUCAAUUACUCAUUUCACAUUAAAUUAAUCCAGUAUGAUUUCUUUCUUCUGUGGAACACAAAAGGUGGUAAUUAUCAGAAUAUCUAAGCUGAUCUUUUCUAUACACGAAAGUCAAUGAGAACUAGUUGUUACUCAAUGUAAAUUGAAAACACAAAAAAAAACCUUGAAAAAACUUCCAAUUAGACCACACAUUCAAAGCACUGUCUGAUGGAGGUAUUAUAUGAAUUUAUCUGUACAAUGCCAGUAAACGGGGACCAAACUUUUAAGGGAGCAUAUAGGUAUGUUUUAUACAGCUCUUUCUGCACUUUGUUUUACUCCCUUAUGGUUUCCCCAGGUGUUCCUCAUUCCCUGAUAGUUUCCCCAGGUGUUCCUCAUUCCCUGAUUGUUUCCCCAGGUGUUCCUCAUUCCCUGAUUGUUUCCCCAGGUGUUCCUCGUACCCUGAUUGUUUCCCCAGGUGUUCCUCAUUCCCUGACAGUUUCCCCAGGUGUUCCUCGUUCCCUGAUUGUUUCCCCAGGUGUUCCUCAUUCCCUGACAGUUUCCCCAGGUGUUCCUUAUUCCAUGAUGGUUCCCCAGGUGUUCCUCAUUCCCUGACAGUUUCCCCAGGUGUUCCUCAUUCCCUGAUUGUUUCCCCAGGUGUUCCUCAUUCCCUGAUGGUUUCCCCAGGUGUUCCUCAUUCCCUGAUUGUUUCCCCAGGUGUUCCUUGUUUUCCCUGGUUGUGUGUCAGUUUUUGCAGGAACACCCGGUGAAACAAUAAGGUUAGAACCAAUCAUGAAAUAAAACUACAAAAGGAAUUCAAAACAAACAGGAAUGAGGGAACUAAACAAUAAUUUCAACAUAAACAUCUAGACAAAGACAGGGAAUAUAUGACAGUCGACAUGUUUGUGUGACAUCAUGCAUCUUGGCGAAAUCGGAGUUGAUAAUUUCUGCUCAAGCCUACAAGUUGUAAUUCUGACUUCAAGAUGCAUUUCAUUGCACUUUUCCUCCGUGUUGAAUGGAUCACAGCACUACUUUUCAAAACUCGAUCUGACACUGAAUGCUCAAGCAGCCCACUUAGAAAACUCCUGAUGUUUCUAUAACAAUGCAAAAAGCACUUAGCAAUUUACUUGAAAUUAAAAUCAGCCAGCCUUUCCUGUUUAAUAAAUUAAGCAUUCACACGGUCAUGGAGAUCAUCUUGUUUUUAAAUCCAUAAGGAUCUCUUUCUCAAUGGUGAUACCAGCAGUGAUGACAGCCGACUCGUCAGACAGCUUGAUCUUACGCUUUUCGAAUUACGAAUCACUUAAAGCCUGACUGCGUCACUCAAGGCCAGCUAGAAGGCUUUGACAGUAACAUAUCCUAAAGGUCAUACCCACCAAGAACAAAUAAAUCAAUCUGAUUGGCUGAUGAAUCUGACCAUCUGACAUUAGUUGCCCAUUCAUUUGCACUGUUGAGGGAUUCUGUGGGAAUUCUGAAGGGCUGAGGGGGUGGAGCUCAGACUCACGCGCUGUUUCGGCUAACAAGCUCGGCUUUGGGCAUGUGAUUUGUGAAACAGUUGUCACAUUUUGUUUGUAAGCAUCAAGGAAUUAAUUCUGAUUGGAUAAACUUUUAGUUUUUAUCUAUUUGUUUGUAGAUUAAUUAAGAGAGGAAAGCGAUUAAAAAUGCAUAGGCAAGAAGGUGAUUGAGAGUGAACGGAUGAAAAACAUGUAUUUAUUUGGCAUGAGAAGGUUUUGCUGGCCCUGAGAAAUCACCACUGAAUGUCGCCACAUCAGAUCUUAGACUGGAUAUCAUCAAAUUCACAUACUUAUCUCUCCAUAUCUUUUCUUCAGAGCUAAUGUAAUAUUUUUAACAGCUUUGACACAAUCCAUCGAAAAAAAGAAAUACAAAAUCAAACAAAUGCAACUUCAUUAGUGGUUUCUAAUGCAUAUGUAGUAGUGUAUGUUUUGCUGCUAGUGUGGCUUCUCUGUUUAGUUUGUAGAAGUUUGAAAAGUGAAGAAUACUAAAUUGAUAAAAAAUGUUGUAUGGCUCCCUUACUGUGUAGGUCCGUGAAGAAAAUGCCUCAGUAGAUGACAGUGCCUAUAUUUUUCCUGUUUAAUGUAUCUAGGUUUGUGUUCCUCUGUCUAUUUCAAGAUUACAGCAAUUAGGUCAGUAGUUGACUCAAAAUUUUGAUAUUAAGAAUUAUGAGUUGUGACCAACCCCUGGUAUUUAUUUCAGUUUUGAAUACUAAUAUUGUAUAUACACGUUUUUUCUGUCUCUGUGCUGUGGACUAAACAAAUGGAUACGAAAUGUUGAAUAGAAUGUGCCCAACCUUUGUUUGUAUAGUAUCAGGGAGUCUGUAUUACUGUAAAUAAAAUAUGAUAUCUUGCUGCUGUGAGAAUUUUUGUGUAAAAAUGCCAGAGUUCCUGAGAAGGUAAAUAAAGAACAUCUUGUUUGCUGUG